AUGCCCGGUAGCAGCAGCAGAACCGCCACUACAGUAUGGUACUGUGACAACUGCACUUACGGACCGUUGAACUACACACUCGACGCUUACUGUCCCAGCUGUGGUCAUCCACGAUGCGUAUACUGCACAGUCACAACCAUCAAGAGCCGUGGAUAA